AUGCCAGUUACCAAACCACUGACAUAUCUCUCAUUAAACUGUGUUCUCAAGUACACCGACCCAAACAUCAGACUACAGCUGGCUACUGUGUGCCCGGGGUUUGAGUCCACUGAAAAGCUGGUUCCGUUGAAAAUUGAUCAGCUCAACAUAAAGGCAACGUCGUUUACCAUCAACGACACCAAUUACAAUCUGGGAGUGAUUCGUCACUAUGCAGAUGCAACCGAAGCACCAAAAUGGGUUCUGGAAAUCAAUGCAGCAGGUGGUAUGAGCACAGAUGUCGGAGAGUGUGAAAAGCCGAUCACCAGGGAAUGCCAACGGCUUACAAUGAAGGAUAGAGCGCCCUCGGAUGAAGAGUAUUUCGAGUACUUCUUGCAACUCACGAUCACCGCGAAAAACGGAAUCAAAGUGAUUGAGCGCAUGAAGUACGACAGGAAAAUCAAGGAAUCCAUGUACUACUUUCUCAAUAAAUUUCUGCUUGGAAAUAGAGCCAACUUGAAUGUGCACACAGUUCGUUUCGAUUCUAUACCGGAGAUUGGAGAUUUCAGAUUCAGAUCCAAGCAUCUGAUAAUUGGAGAUGUUGAUCCGGUGCGAGCUCAAAAUUCGCUGGAUGAGAUCGGUUGCCCACUGGAGUCAAUGGAACUUUUCGGACAAAAAUUUUUGAUGAGACCUCAUUUCUGA